AUCCUUGGCAACAAGGAUCUACGUCACUAGAAAGCCUCUCAAAACAUCACGAGUUUUCUUAAUGUUUCAUCGCGUAACAAUAACAGCGAAACAACAUGGCUGAUAAUAAACCUUCGCCGUACCCGCAACAGCAACCUCCGGGAGCAGAGUACCCUCCUCCAGCCUAUGGAGGCCCUACGCAGCCAGCGUAUCCGCCGCCCGCUCCUCCCGGCUACCCAGGUUAUGCAGCUCAACCCGGCUACCCUGGCACAGCAACAACGACCACCAUUAUUCAUCAGCAACCGACGGCUGUUGCAAUUUCUGCGAUCGGCUUCGGCGAGUCACCGGUGGCAAUGUCAUGUCCUGCCUGCAAACAGAGCAUUGUAACAGCGACGACCUAUGUGACGGGAACUUUAACUUGGCUUGCCUGCCUCGGAUUGUGUGUUGUUGGGUAAGUGAGAACUAAACACCUUUCUUUCGUUUCCUUUCGCUAACCUAUCCCACUUUCGAAAUAUUAAUAAAUAAUUAAAAGCGAUUUGUGUGGAACGAAUAACACAAUUUUGAACGUUUCACUUUGUGCAAAGGUUUUUAAAACAUUGCGGUUUUACAUGCACGGACAUGAAUUUACAGACCAUUAAUAUGACUGUAUCAAUUUCACAUGAACGGAUUUAAACGAUCCCAAUCGCAAUUUUCUCAGAAUCUCUUAAACUAACAAGCGGUCUUCCUCUACAAAUGUUAAAUGGACGAGGAAUGGAAUUGAAUUGUCAUAAAUUUUGAACUCUUGGCUGUGUUGCGUUGUGAGUAAACACGAAUUUCACUCGUUCUCGAAAUCGUUAGAGUUUUCAGACUGAUUUUAUAUAUUUUUACUUCGUAAAAAAUAUCCAAAAAAAUAUCCAUUCAUCAUUCAUCAUUCAUCAGCCAAAGUUUAGAAAAUUUGACGAAAUAAUCCGAAUGCUAGAUAAAUUAAACAAACCAGAUCUCUCAUUAUUGAAAUUUAUACACUGGUGAUAAAGCUACCUACAUAGUUUGCAUUUAUAUCAGCUUAAAAGUUUUAAUAUUUAAUGGUCUGAAGUUAAUUUAAGGUUGUAGUCGCUAGAAUCAAUGUCGCGACCUAUCGGAUGCGUAUUAAGAAUACAAGUUGCACUUAGGCUUUAUUCAUUUUGACGUGUUUCUGACUUGACUGCCUGUAAAUAUCGCAUUUCUCUGUCAGAGAACUUAGCUUUCAGAUUGUCAAAACGUCGAAACGCGAAUCUCAACGAAUUUAAUAAAGUCUCUGGUGGUUAAUUACAUUGGCAAGGCGAAUUUUGAAUUACAAAGACUGGUCCAAAAGUAUUGAUAGUACUAAGCAAUUUUCAAACAAUCAAAAAAAUCAACAGCAAAAGUUAUUGACCCGCGAACCUUUUUGUCGAACGAUUAUAGAGUGCUUUGGACCGAUGGAAGACUUUUCCGAUUGUUUUCCACAAGACCGACACAAAAACCGCCGCUGGGAGUAAAUAAAUGAAUAGAAAAUCACUCACAAUUUAAGAAAAUAGAAUAAAAUAUUAUUAAAGUUUUAGAACUCACGCGAAAGUGAUUAAAAGGACAAUUUUCAACAGUUCGAAAGCAAUCUGGAGUUUCGCAAGUUUGCGUGAUGUUCUUCCCUAAUGGACUCAGAGUAAGUGUCAAAUUUCCUCAACCAGUCGGGUCUAAGAACAAAAUUAAACUCGACUUAGACACUCGUGUUUUCCCACGCUGCAGACAGUUUGCUCAUUAUUGAAAUGAUUUCUCAUCUGGCUCUUGAAGUAUUUUCCUUUUGUCUCAAUGGCCGUUUUGUUUUCAUUGAUUUUGGUUUUACGAGACUCAGUCGAAAUGCAAUCUUUGAGGUUACACAAUAUACCGUUGAUAACGAAGAUACCUUAAGUAAAAAAGUAUUAUACGCACACGGGAAAACGUCAAAUUUUUAAACACUUAAAAUAAUUCUGCAUAUGUUCCUUCAAAUUCUCACUGUAUUUUAGUUUUGUCUAUAAUAAACUUUCACUCCCGUUCCGUUAGCGGUGGUAUUUUCAGAAUAUAAAUUUUCCGAUCUCGUUCGUUCGUCUCUCCGUCUUUCCCGAUUAUUCAUUCGUUUUUCCGUGAGCUUCAAAGCCUUUUUCCGAUCAUUAGUCGGUUUUGGCCCUUGUUCCUUUCGUUUGCGAUAAUAUUUAAACCGACUUUUAUUUUAUCGACCCGGUUAUAUGAAUGGAUAAAACUGUGUCACUCUUAUUUGAUAUCAAGUCUUAUUAAUUUCACAAAAGCGUCAGAUUAAAAGCGUGAUGCAUGUUUGUCGUAAAAAAUGAAAAUUCGUCAAAUAAUUUAGUGAAUUUUCUCACCUCGUUUAAUCAAAAAUACAACUUAUUUUUUUCGCAAAACACUGUACGUUGAAAGUACAGAAAGACGGGAUAGACGAGAAUUCUUUUUCAAGACUGACCCUAUUUUAUUUAUAUUGCAGAUGUGAUCUUGGUUGCUGUUUGAUCCCAUUUUGUUGUGAUCCCAUGAAAGAUGUGGUACACAUUUGUCCCUCUUGCGGUGCCCAAGUAGGAGUGUUUCGUCGAAUGUAAGAAACUCACUGAUGGCAAAACAGAGGCAACGAUUCAUAAGACGACUUUCGUAGACAAGCAAACACUAAAUAUAAAAAUUAGCGUUAACCGACUGGGAAUUUUAUGCGAAAAAACCUUUUAACCGCUUUUCUGUAACUUUUAUGUUAAGAUUUAAAGCGCAUUAGAUUUGAACACAAACGAUAGUUAAAAUUAAGGCCAUUUUUUGGUCUCAAAGUCAAUAUAAAUUUUUGUGCAUGCGACGGCCAAAUUGAAUAUUUUAACUUGAUGGAAACCACAAAAUAUUCGUUUGGCUUGAAAAAAAGACCAAGUAAUUGAUCAUCUACACUUUCUGUCAGAUAGAAAAUGCUAAGAUGAAGAAAACGAACUAUACCCCUCAUUCCUAAUAUUGCUUUUGUUGCCUCAGUUUCUGCUUAUAGAAAUGGUCCUUACAAAGUUUUUAAAUCACUCUUCACAAAAAGUUAGUGAAAAGAUAGAUUUUUCUCAUUUCCCAGUCAUAAAGUUAAAAUUUAUGCUUUUAUUUCUUAUCGCGCUAUUAAGAGCCUAUAGAUAUGGAAAAAGAAAACGCAAAUGAUGAGUUAAUUUGUUAUCAAAGAACACUGACUGUUAAGAUUUCAAAAACGUAAAUUAUAUGAUUAGAAUGAGCAGAAAGCGCUUUCUCUGCAAAGGUGUUUUCGACUAAGAAAGGGCGAAGUACACUUUAUUCGUCUUUCCUUUGGAGGUCAACAGUAACACAUGUUCGAUCUUAGAAACGUGUAGUUCUUUUACAGAAUAUGCCUAACGUCAACUAUGAAAUAAAUGCCACUAGUAAAUCACGUG